AUGGAGUCAUACCCGGCGACUCGCUGCGACUGAGGCACGCCAUUCUUCUUCCCGCUGCUAAAAUGUGGCGCUUAUUCUGACUCAGGCUAUUGUGGAGCGCACAAGUGGCUCUCUGAGGAGAAGGGGAUGGAGAGAGAAAGGGUGGGGUCAGGGUUCAAACGAAAGGCUCCCAUCGGGACUCCCUUUCUGUUAUCAAAUUUGUUGAGACACAAAAAGCGCUACAGUCUCAUUCCCAAGAACAUCUUGAGGGAGAGAAGAGGGGGUCAUAGGACGAAGUUCUUUGUGUCAGAGCGCCAGAUCCUCCACACAACGGCGGACGAACUGCCUGUCUUCAUUUUGCUUCACAUCCCUGAUCCUGCACUGACUGCUGACCACGUUGUCUUUGAGCAAACCUUUGUCCUUUUCUCCUCAGGAACUCUGCUACCAAAAUGGAGUCAGCUACAGUGGAGCUGCUGUCUAACCAGACAUCUGAGAGCUGUCCACCACUGGAGACAACGAUUGAGAAUCAGGUGUUUGGAUGGUUCUACAUCGUGGUUUUCAUCCUGGCGUUGAGCGGGAACAGCUUGGCUCUCUGGAUCUUCUCUCAACAGCGUGGGACAUCUUCUCCAGCUAAUGUCUUCUUGAUUCAUCUGGCUGUGGCUGACUUAUCGUAUGUGAUCAUCCUCCCACUCAGAGCCAUCUACCACUUCACUGGAGGCCACUGGCCUUUUGGCGAGGUGCCCUGCAGAGUGGUGGGCUUCUUAUUCUAUGUCAACAUGUAUGCCAGCCUGUACUUCCUGGCCUGUGUGGCGGGGGAUCGCUACCUGGCUGUAGUUCAUGCGGUGAGGUCACUGAAGGUCCGUCGCAGUCGUUACGCUCACAUCAUCAGCUUCUGUCUGUGGGUCCUGGUUACCGUCUCCAUGGCGCCGCUGCUCGUCACCCAUCAGACCGCAGAGAUGGACAACAUGACAGUGUGUAUGCAGCUGUAUAGAGAGAAGGCCUCACGCAAAGCACUGAUCUCGCUGGCUGUGGCCUUCACGCCGCCUUUCCUCGCAACUCUGUCCUGUUACUUUCUCAUCAUCCACAGCCUGCAUCGGGGCUCCAGACUGGAACCAGCCCUGAAGCUGAGGGCGCUGCGCACCAUCGGCCUGGUCAUGCUCAUCUACGUGGUCUGUUUCCUGCCUUACCACAUGAGCAGAGCCACCUUCAUCCUGGGCUACAACCACCCUGACAACUCCUGCGAAACACGAAGAGGCCUGAGUCUGGCCAACCGCCUCACCUCCUCCCUCACUUGCCUGAACGGCGCCAUGGACCCGCUGGUUUACCUGUUUGGCGCGGAGAAAUUUCGCGGCACGCUGAGACGACUGUUCUGUAAAGAUAAGGGAGGCAUGUCUGGAGCCACCAGUGGAGAGUUGAAGGGAACACAUGAGAGCUCCGUGAGCGCAAAGUCUGAGUUCUGAGGAAGAAGGAUUCAAACUGGAUCUACUAUCUACUAUCUGUGUGACUAAAUGGCUUUCCAAUACAACCAGCUUUGGUCUGACCAUGUAAUGACUGUUGCCUUUGCCUGAGUAAAAGCUCACUUUGAAAUUAAGCCUUAGUUCCAGCAUACACCCUAUUCACUGAACAUCAUUUAUGUGAGCAAAGGAACAUGUCUAAAAUCCAACAAACUGUGUCGUCACACGGCUGCAUGUUUAAUCAUUUAGAAAGAAUGAUGCUCAUGGUUUAAAAAUGACAUGGUACUUAAGGACCAAAUCAAAAAUAUUUAGCUAUAACUAUAGUGCUGUCAUCAGACAACUAAGUGGAAGGUUUGAGGCUCCUUCCAUGUUUUAUUCACGCUUCUGAAAUGCCACUGCCAUCCCCAUCACAUUUUUAACAUUGUGGGUUCUUACAUUGUGGGUUCUUCCCAUUCAAGGUCUUUAUUAGUCUCUUUGGUUUCAUGGAACCCACACCUGACCAAAAUCUAUUAAGUCUAAUCUGAUUGGAUCUCAGGUUUGUUUGCCAAUAUGUUCAAUUCUCAAGAGAACCCAAAUCAACCGAAGUGGUAUCAUCUUUUUUCAUUCAAACAGGUCAUGUCAUUGAUGCGGCAGGUGGAAAAACAACUUCUUUUUAAAUAUAACUUUGCCUGUUAAACAUAAAGUAACUAUUUAAGUGUCUCUGACUUAACAUUAUUUCACAAUAUUCUUAUUAUAUUGCUGUUCUUUACCAUUGCAGCUGCUCAUCAGUUGAUCUGAUUCUUUGUUAUUGUUCAUUAUCUGUUUAGAAUGACUGCAUUUCGAUUGGGUCUAAUUAUUAUAAAAUUUAUCUGACUAGCUGUGCUCACAGUCAAUGAGUGCAUGUCAGGUUUGGGUAGGAUUUCCACUGUUCACAUCCAGAAAUGUUGACUUAAUGUAUCCUCACGGACAAAGUCUCCUUAUCUGCCAAAUUGCAAAAAAAGUUUGUCUAAAAAGCUCAGAGACUCAAAUAUAAAACUCUCAAACCUGAGCACAUUUUAAUGCUGGGCAGCUACUACUGGUUCUAGGUGCAACCUGCUGCCAUCAACAGUCUUCAUCCUAAGAAAAGGUUUCUUGGUCUAAAAAAUAACAACAAUCUUGUUUGAGAUAAAGGAAAUUGCUCAUGCAGCAAUAUAUUUAAACUGCCUUUACUGUUUGCUGGGGAGGGGAGGUGUGUCAAACACCAAAAGACUGAGCAAACAUGUACAUAGUCAACUUGUAAUAUAUUUUUCCUAUUGCUGUUUUGUAUUAUAAGCCAAAUAUGAUGAAAACUCAUUAGUUAUUAUGAGUUUUAUUGCUUUUUUUUCCCAAUCUAAGGUGCAUUUACCAUUGCUAGCAGCAUUGCUUUGUCAUCCAGUAUAAAAUAUUUGCCAUAAAAUGACAGAUAUACUGUAUGUAAUUCUUAAAGAAACUGCGUACAUUUGGUUCCAUCAUCAUCAAGUGAAAGAUUUUUUUAUGGCCUACUACAUGCAAAAAGUGUGCUUAGCACAAAUUAGCACAUGCUAGCAUGCUAAUAUCACAAAUGAAGUUGCUAAAUAUGCUCAUGUUAUACCUGUGAAACGUCAGUGUGUUGGCGGCAUUGCAUGUUAGCAUACUGAUAUUAGCAUUUAGCUUAUGUGCGCAAUGGAGCUGCGAGCGAAACUCUAGACUCCUGAGUUAUAUUUAAAGUCACACCUAUUUGCUUUAUAUAAUAUUUUACUGCAUUUACUGCAUUUUUACUCUGGUGUUUGAAUUCUGAUUGUACAAAUGUAUCCAUUUUAUAUAAUGCCCUCAAUUAUUCCACAAAGUUGUAUUGUUCAUAGCAUGUACACUACUUUCUGCUAAAAAUCCCACAUGAUGGUAGAACACUUUUAUAGAUGUACAAAUGACCGUUGUGCACUUCUACAGCUUACAGUGUUGAGGCAAAAUGAUGCUGAGUGGUAAAUGUCCAAAAUCUCAGACACCGAUGAGCCGCACCAUUAAAACCUCUGACAGGUGAAGUGAAUAUCGUUGGUUAUGUCAUUAUCAUGGCACCUGUCCAUGGUUGGAUGUAUGAGGCAGCAAGUGAACAGUCAGUUUUUGAAGAUGAUGUGGUGGAAGCAGCGAAAAUGAGGAGCUCAUUUGGAGGCAUGAGGGAGACCUGCACUAACUACAAGGUGGUUUUAAUCUUGUGGCUGAUCAGUGUAUACAGGGAUUCAUGAAUAAGUGAAUGAGGACAUAGCAAUGACCUUUUAAAAAAAACUCCAGUUCAUCAGUAUUAUGUUUACUUUGCUUGUGCUUGACAAUUCUCAUUGUAAAUACUAUAUAUUCUUCAUUAUCCAGCUUCUUAGUUCUUCUAUGUAUUUAUAUUGGACUACUGCAUGACAAGCUCUUAACCAUUGUUCUAUUUUACUGGGAGUCAGUUUGACUAAAUUGAAAAAAGCUUGUUCAAGUUCAACUUGUAAGUAACUGUUGCGUAAUUCUCUUCAGUGAAAAUGCUCCUUCUGCUCAUUAAAACUGUACAAACGCUCCACCAGAUUAUAUGACAACGACGGGCUCACAUUUUGUUCCUUGUUUUCAUUGAUAACAUUUGCUUGUCAUUUCUGGUACAUAAAAACUACAUUAAUUCGACAUUUUAGUCGCGAAAGCAAAAGUAUGAUUUCACAUCCUCCAUGUCUGGGUCUUUGCCUCGCUAAUCGUGAAAGUGGUAGAACUAUUUCGAGCGCCGAGACAGAAACCUCCAAGGCUGCACUGACUUGUCACCGUGCAGUUCUCUUUUCGCAUCAUGUGACCAUGUUGUGGUUUGUGAGCGGCUUAUUUUUCUCCUCUUAUUUCUGCAAGACUUCCUGUCCAUCACAUGAACAUGGCAACCUAUUCUAAAGUUGUUUCCUGAAUGUAUAUAUUUCAGAAACCACCCAAGCUCCCCUGAUUCAUAUGAGAAGUAUGAAAGUGUGUCAGUUACACUCAGGCCGGAGAGGGUGAAUUUGAGUGCCUGUUUUGAUGGUUUGAACAUUAAAAAGGAUAUGAAAACCGAA